UGGCCAGAAUUUUUGACAACUUGGCACAUUUAUUUUUCGGCAUAGAAGAUUAAUCCCGUACUUUCUCUCUCUGUUAUAUUCGAACAGGGUGAAUGGUGUGAUACAUGAAGUGUUUUCCAUCUUUCUAAAAUAACUUAAAAGUACAAUAUAAGACAAUAAUCACAAUGUUUUACCACAAAAUAACAGUGCUAUUGGCUUUUAUUUGUGUAGCUUACUGCACACAAGAAAAGAACCAGGAGUCCCAAGGUGCCAGACUUCUUGUAGCCAAGCAGAUCCUCAACAAAUAUCUUGUAGAAGGUAAAGAUAUCGAAGUGAGGUACAAUUUAAACAACAUUGGUAAAGCUCCAGCAGUAGAUGUACAACUUGUGGACAAUGGUUUCCACCCUGAAGCAUUCCAGAUUGUUGGAGGCCACCUCACCGCCAAGUUUUCCAGAAUUCCGCCAGAAAGCAAUUUCACCCAUAUGGUUGUUGUCAGACCAAACAAGUAUGGAUAUUUUAACUUCACCAGUGCCGAAGUGACCUACAAGGUGUCAGAUGCUCCUGAUGCUAAGGUUCAAGUGUCUUACAGCUCAGAACCUGGAGAGGGUGGAAUUGUAGCAUUCAGAGACUACGAUAAGAAGUUCUCUGCCCAUCAUUGGGACUGGUUGGCUUUCGCCCUUAUGACCACCCCAUCUUUGGUGAUUCCAUUUGUUUUAUGGUAUAAUAGCAAGAUGAGUUAUGAGAAGUUGGCGAAACCAGUAAAGAAGCAUUAAAAAGACUUGUUAAGAUUUUUUAUUUAUUUUAAUGGAUUGGUUGUGUGAUGUUAGAAUAUGGUUGAAUUUUAUCAACUGCAGCAGUGUUCUUGACUUGUUUGUUAAUUUUCUUUUGCCGAAUGUAAUUGGUUUAAAAUCAUCAUUUCAUGUCAUCAUGUAAUUUAAGAUCAAAUUUUUGUUUAGGUAUUUAAUUGUUUUUUACUUUCAUUCACAAUUUGAUAUUGUACAAAUUAAAGAAUAUUGUUUAGUAAAAUGUUUUUUUUUUAAUCUUUAUUAUGUCAUAUGAAUUUAACAUAAAAGGAACAUUUACUCAGAAGUUAUUGUUGAUUAUUUAAAAUUCAUUCAACUUAUAUGUUUGGUUUGGAAAGUCCAAAGUCCUCAUCUCAAAGAAUUUCUUCUUUUUUCAAUGUGAUAAGGACCUGUCCCAGAACCAUAACUAGAGUGGCUAAUGGCAAAGUAAAUGAACUUACACUUAAAAAAGAAGUAAUUAAUUUAUAAAUUAAUGAUGUAAUAAAACACAGGUUGCUGUUAAGUUCAUGUCUAAAGUUGAUUUUGGAUAUAAAUACUUUUUUGAAGUAAUAAUAAAUCUCUUAGGAAAAAAUUUACUUGAAAAUGUCUUGUAAAAAUUUCAAAAUUGUAUAGAUACAAUUUUGUAAUAAGAUUUCAAAUCAAGAUAGAAGCCUAGAGAAUACCAAGCAAGAUAUAACACAGAUAUAAAGUCUUGUGCUUGUGAAUUGUAAUUCUCUCUUAAAAAUGACAAUUUCUAUUUUUUAACUAGUUAAUUGGAAGAAAUAAAAUAGCAUCCUCCUAUUGAUUUGGUUAUAAAAUAUAUUAUCCAACAUGUAGAGGCUUGACUUGAAAUUGAUGGUUUAAGGUUUCAAGUAUCUUUCAUUGAAGGUUUAGAAUUUUGAUGCUAUGUCUAGAAAUGUUUAAAUAUAUGAAAAAUAAUUAAUGGCAAUCUACAGAAAGCUUAAUAGAAACGAUCUGGUGUUAUCAAUGACAUUGUUCAAAAAUCCAGAUUUUUUUGGGUUUUGCAUUGAAUAAACAUAAUUAUCCAAGAAAAAAACUUUCAGGAAGCAAACUGUUAAUAUCACAAUGGUGGUUCGAUAAAUCAUUUUUUAAAUCAGCUAUUCUAUCUCAGCCUAUCCUACAAGUUCUCUACAGGUGGAAAUAACUACUUAGAAUUUUAAACUCUCGCACCUAAGCCAAUACACUUAGUGAAUUAAUCUACUCAUAUAAAGGAGAAAUUUCGGAAAAAAUUCCAACCUUAGGAAAAUUAUAUGAUAGAUCCGUUAUUAAUGUACUAUUAAGGGGUAAAAAUAAAGUGAAUAACGUUAGUGUUAUCUGUAAAAUUCCUGAAAGUACUUUGUUUAAAGUGAAACAACUCCUUAUUGUACUGCAUCAAAGAUAUACAAUAAAAGUCUUCUUCAAUUUAGAUCUUAUAAUUAUCAUUCAAAAAGAAAUUGAAUACUUGGCAAUCACUGUAAAAUUGUACAAUCUUAUUCCUAACAUGUUCCUCAAGAACAUUUGUAUCUAAAUUCUUAGUUAUUAGCGCCCGUGACCCAAACAUGUCUUUAAGAACCAUUGUGCGUCAAACUAAAUAUUUGUAAAUGUUUAAAUACAUUUUUUGAUAUGA